UUCUUUUGUAAUAAUCAAGUUUGGAGUGUAUUCUGGAGUUUAAAGUGAUUUAUAUUUAAUUUAUUUUCUUCUUUCAAAUUUAAUAAUAUUUCUGUUUUAUAAUAGUUUAUGUUUUAGAAGAUGUUUGUAGUUUCAAAAUAGAUGAAAUUUUGAUAUAUUUAAUUUUUAAUUUUACCGAAAAUUAUAUAACCAAUUAGAUUUUGCAAUUAUUUUUUUAAUUGGUUAAAUGAUUUUUAAAUUAUAUUUGUAGUUAUUUUUUAGAGAAUUUUUUUUUUAUCUUUGUACAAUGAGUCAAAACAUCAGGUAUUGUGAAACAUAAAGAGUAUUAUUGAAUAUUAAAAAAAAAGAGUAUUAUUGAAUUUAAUAUUUUGAAAUGCAUUAUUAUUGGAAAUAUUUUAAAGAAUAGAUUCUACAUAGUGAUAUUUAGAUGUUUUAAUAAAAUUUAUUAUUUUUAAAAAGAAAAUAUAAAUCUCAAAAUACAAACUAUAUGGUUUUUUAAGUGUUUUGAUUUAAACCAUAAAAAAACUUCCCUUUUUUUUUGUUGCUCAGAUCAUAAAAAAGACUUCCCAAUAUCAUCCAAAGUUAUGUUUGUCCCACCCCCACAAAAAAAAAAAAAUUAUCUAACACUUUGUCCUAAAAAAAAAAAUUAUCUAACACUUAAAAAUCUAAUCACAAAAAGUUUUGAAUUUAUACGAGAGAGGGUACAAUUGCAAAGAAGAUUAAAUACAGUGAUUCGUUGAGUCUUUGCCCUUUACGGUUAACCGUUAAUCCCAAUUCAGGAGAAGUAAAGCUUCCGACUUUACUUCAGGAGGGUCGACGAAAGUUCGUUGCUUUACAAAUCUAUCGGCAGUUUCAGAGCGCACCGAUGGAUUCUGCGUUUGUGGAUAGAGCUUGGGACAAAUGGGUCAAGGGUAACCUCGGCUCUUCAGGAAGUCCAUUGAAGGCUGCUGUCUUAAUUAACUACGACCCUACAGGACCUUCUCGUCUCUUAUCAACAAUAGCUGAGCAAGAAGGGAUCGAUCUCUAUCCAGUUGAGCUGAAGCAGUUCAUCGAUUUCAUGAGACGUGGCAAUCUUCCGACCGAGACCUUUGUUCUUGGAUCCAACCAGUACAUAAUAACAUCAGUUCACGAGAAUUGGUUUGCUGCUCGGUGCUUGAACACAACACAGCCUGCUGGUGAAGGAGCUAUUGUUAUGCAGACCGCUGUUUAUGUAUUAGUUGCUCUGUAUGAUGGAUCGAUUGGUUCAGCUUCUCGAGCUAUGGCUGCAGCUGAUCAUUUUGCAUCGCAGCUGGGUCGAAAAAACUUAUAGCUUCAUCUUCUGUAUUGAAAGUAGCAAACUUUGAGUAUGUUUUGAGAAGUAUUAUGAAGUAAGAUGAAUGUUUUUUCAUUCUUGUCUGAGUCAUCAGUUUUGUUCAGGUAAUUGGGAUUAUGCUAAUUACCAUUUAAGAGCAAGUGACACACCCUGCAAUUAACAUUUCA